AUGCUAUCGAGUAGAAAUAGAAAGCUAAAGAGGUUUUCAAGAUUCCUAGCCUUCUUUGUAAUAGUCUUUUCCGGUUGCUACUACAGACUAUAAAAACUAUAUGAAAAUGCCAAGGAUUAUACAAGUUCAGAUGAAUUUAUGGAAAAUAGCCCAUUCGUUCCUCCAUUCAUUCGGGAAAUUCAUAGAUAAAAGAAGUAGAUAGAUAUCAGGAAGUAGGUAUUCGGUGUCAGGCUACCUCCAGAAGAUGAAAAUGAGCUUAGAUAUAGGUUGAAUAAAUCAGCUGCUGAAAAUAAUCCACUAUAGCAGCAGCAGAUUAAAAAUAUUGUGAGAUAUAAGAAUCCUUAUACGAUGGCAUUAUAAAGAUAAGCAUUUUUCAAGUUUCAAAGAUUGCGAUAUUUAUUUAGAUGA